AUGGUCGGAAACGAGCGAUUUUCGUUCCAGAAAACCGUCCAGUGUUUGGCCCGGGUGUUGGCAAUGAUAAAACCGACACCGUGGGAAAAGGUGCAAACGUUGUUCAAGUAUUGUCCACAGGAGAAUGCCGUGGGAGUGUUUUGUCUUGACUCACGGGCCCAGGAUGCGGUCAUUGCGCUCGGGUUGUACUUUCUCGAGAGUGGAUAUCAGUAUUCGAAGGACAUCAUUCCUUACCUGCUGCGCCUAGCCAAAGCCCUGCCCAAGGCAGUCUGGAUCGAUGACGUCAAACCGAACAAAAUCGAUAGAAUACCGACGGCCGAAAAGUUUUGCUUUUGUCUCAACAGCUUGCUGUCCGAUAUAGCGGUAGGGUGUCCGGAACAUCGUGAUGAGAUCAUACUGAACCAAGUGGAAGUGCUGACGGUGCUCACGAACAUGAUUAAGGGCAGCAAAGAGAGUAGCACCCUCCCACCGAUCAUUCUCUGCAAGGCAAGCGUCCCGUUGCUUCUGGGACUGGGUCGCUCGAUGGGUCGUUACGCGGUUGGUGAACCUCCGCUCCUGUGUCGAUUGUUUCCGAAGGACGAAAUAUUGGUCGUGAAAUCGUCAGAAACACCGCUCUCGGUUGCCGAUGCAAAGGACAGCACCAGUGUCAGUCAGUUCCGCUCGAUCAUACCGCGAUCGAUGUCUGGCAGCCUGACGAUUGAUUCGACGAUGGAAGCGGAAAAGUCUGCUACAAGCAGCCGCAAGAAGCAGCUCAGCUCCUUUUACUCCAUACCGUACGACCCGACGACGUACUUUUUCGCAAAGUACGGUUCCAGCUUUAACCAGUUUCCAAACAUGCGCUUCUGCGACUCGUUCGAGAAGCAAGAUCGUCUCCAGUUCCCGAUCAACCACCUACAGACGAUCUUUGCACUGGCCAAGAAGUUGCUUACGAAGGAAACACUGGAGCACCUGGACGAGCAGGCAGGCGACAUCUUUGCCCUGAACCAGAUCAAACCGUACGGAUACAAGAGCUUCUCGGAAACGAUCACUUUGGUGAUGGUGACACUGUUGCGGGAAAUACUACAAAAUCAAACAGAUUUACCGACACCGUUCACGAAGGACGUACAGGAGUUUGUGAAGGAACUGUUCAUGAUCGGUCAAACGGAGUUGCAGAGCAAACAGCAUGACACGGCCGAUCGUGUGCGGGAUCCGUCCAACGUUGUCGUGAACAAGUACAAGAUCAACGUGAUGGCCAAUGCAGCCUGCGUUGAUCUGCUCGUGUGGGCAAUCAGAGGCGAAACAGAGGCCGACAAGCUGUGCAGUGGCCUGUAUCAAAAGCUAGACUCGGUGCAGGGACACAAAAUGGUGAUGGAUCAUAUGCCGUUGUUGAUGGUGUGCUUGGAGGGUUUAGGUAAGCUGGCGCAAAAGUUCCCCAACAUUGCCGGAACGUCCAUAUCGUUUUUGCGCGAUUUUUUGGUCAAACCCAGCCCCAUUCUGGCGAAGCUGCACAUGCAAUCGCAGGCUCAAUCGAAAAAGGAGAAGGAAAAUGCCCCAUUCCGUAUAGUGGUGCAAGGAUCCGAUUUUAAAGCAUUCGAUCAUUCGACGAAACCGAAGGGGCUCACGAAAUCCGCCCAGGAAGCGUUCGAAGCGUUGCGUGAUGCGGCGAUCGAAAAUCUUAGUAUAGCGCUGCGUGCUGCCCAUGCGCUCGAUCAGUACUGCGUCCCGGCGCUCGUGGCACAAGUUUCAAAUCGGCUGUUUACGGUCGAGAAGCAGGAAAGUAAGGAAAGCCUCGUGUCACUCAACAUCAUCGUUAUGCUGGGACACGUGGCGGUGGCACUGAAGGAUACGCCGAAAACAACGAACAACAUCCUGCAGUUUUUCAUUCAACGCUUCUGCAAGGAACCAUCGGAGCAGAACGUGCUGAUCGUCGAUCAGCUUGGCUGCAUGAUCAUCUCCAAGUGUGAACCGCAGGUGUUUGAGGAGAUCAUGAAGAUGUUCUCGCGCGUGACGGUGCAGGCAGCCUCGCUUGCUUACUCGACGAAUCCGGAGCAAAGUGUUUACAGGAAAUCCUAUCACCACGUUUCGGACGCGGUGGUGAACGCGUUGGCCAACAUUGCCGCCAACAUACAGGGCGAGCUGGAGAUGCUGGAUCUGCUCGGAAAGUUGCUCGAACUGUUCGUCCAGAUCGGCUUGGAAGCGGAACGGUCGUCGGACAACACGUCCGGGGCACAGAAGGCUAGCUCUAGUGCGGGCAACCUUGGAAUGCUGAUCCCGGUCAUUGCAGUGCUCGUGCGACGCCUUCCGCCGAUCAAGAACCCAAAGCAGCGGCUCCACAAGCUGUUCAAGGACUUUUGGCUAUACUGUGUGGUGAUGGGCUUCACUAACUCGCGGCUGUGGCCCUCGGACUGGUACCAGGGUGUGCAGCAGAUUGCCGCCAAAUCACCGCUCCUGAUUUCACAAACGGCGCACCGUUCGGAGAUGCGUGAGCUCAACUACACCUCGGCGAUCCGAUCCGGCAGCGUCAGCUUGAUGGAGCUUCGCCAGCAGAUACUACUGCUGCUCGAUCACCCACCGGCCGACAUUACCGCUUGCAUCAACAAGCUCACGUUUGCACAGUGCGCGUAUCUGCUGAGCGUUUACUGGCUGGAGAUUCUGCGCGUGGAGAACGCGUGUGAGCCGAGCAUCGAGCCGAUCCUUAGCUACCUGUGCGAUAAUGCGCUCCUGAAGGACAAGUAUGGGAUGUGGCAGUGUGUCCGGUGCAUCGGGGAUCAGGUGUUUGAAAAGUUCCGCAGCGUGCUGCUGGCACAGGAUGCGGUCCGCGAGAAGGUCCUCGAGUCGCAGGCGAUGCUGCUGCUGGUGUACUUCAACCACAUACAUCCGCAGAUACAGAUGGUGGCGGAUCAGUACCUGUCGCAGCUGGUCGACAAGUUUCCGCACUUGCUGUGGAACCGGAGGGUGCUCUGGUGCAUGCUGGAUGUAUUGCAGCUGCUGGCGUUCUCGUUGACACUUAAUCCGAACGAGGAGACACCAACCCUGCGCGUUGCUUCGACGCCGUAUACCCUGCAGCUGAUGGACAGCUUGCCGGCUCGGGAAAGCCGAGUGAAGGACUUUGCCGACCGAUGCCAGGGGAUAGUGAACGAGGCCAUGAAGUGGGCCCCCAAGUCGACCCGUAGCCACCUGCAGGAGUACCCGAAUCAGGUGCCGUCGACCGCCCUGUCCAACCACAGUGGGCUGGCGCUCGCCGUCGAUUCCAUUUUGCAACCUUGGGUUACCAAUACAGCCGCAACGACUACCGGGACGAGUCGCAGGCCACAGUGCGUCAACAGUGACACGUCGAAGUUCGUAUCGGUGCUACGCUUACGGAGCAAGUACGCGGGUGAAAUUUCCGGAGUACUGUCGGUACUGGAAGACGAAGAAAAGCGCGGUCUGGCGGAUCGGCUGGUGCGUGAGAUUUGGGAAGCGUGCGAGGAGAAAAGUGACGCCCGGCAUCGUGGAGCCCUGUGGCGUGCGACGGCCUACCUGAUUCUUUGCUCCAGCGCCAACCGCAAGCUGCUCCAUGCGAUCUCGUCGUCGCAGGUUCUCCUGUUCACCGAAUCGGCUAUGGAAACGGCUGUCGAGUGCUGGCAAUGGAUUCUGACCGCGCGCCAGGAUCUUGAGCUGUGCUUCAUCCAGGAGAUGGUGGCCGCCUGGCAGACGACGUUCGACAAGCGGAUGGGCCUGUUUGCGCAGGAGAACGACGUGACCAGUCCGUUGGCAGCGUACGAGGGCUGCAAACUGGUGCCGAAGCCGAUCGUCGUCGCACCGCACCAGAUCUGGUUGCAGUUGCUGUCUGAGAUGGUGGACACGGCCAAGUACUGCAAUCGGGAUAAAGUGGAGAUGUUUUGCAUGCUGCUGCACCGAUGCCUGCCAUUCAGUCGUGAUUUCAAACAAAAUCGUCACAUCUCGACGGUGGGCUGCCGGUUUCGGUUGUUGCAGUGUGGCCUCUCGCUGCUUCAGGGGAACACAAUUCCGAAAUCGCUCGCCCGGAACAUCCUGCGCGAGCGCAUCUACGCCAACGCGCUCGAUUACUUUUGCGGGCCGCCAAUGUGCCCGAGUCAGCCGCGAGAGGCGCUACUCGAGGACAUUGCGACGCUGCUCAAGUUUUGGCAGACGAUGCGCAGCGAAAAGAAGCACCUGGUCGCGUCGGAGGUGAGCGAUUAUGAGCUGCACGUGGCGACAUCGACGAACCUGUCCGUGCAGAAGGUAUCGCUCGAUGCGGUCUCCCUGGCCGGAAGUGAAGUGGCACGGUCCACGAGCAGCGGUAACGCCGGAUGGUACAACACGAUCCCGCACUCGACGUCGACGCUGUCGAAGCGCUCCGCACGGAUCAAGCGGCCCCCGUACCCGAAGGAUGCGUACGACAAGGAUUACAUGAAGAAGCGGAACCUCAUCCUGGAGCUGCUGGCGGUGGAGAUUGAGUACAUGUCGAUCUGGGCCAAUCCACUGUCGUCGCCGGAGCUGCAAAUUCCUGGCGAAGAAUCGGUGGCCGAGUGGCGCGCCCGGCCACUGAAGCUCAACCUUUGGCGGGACUUUACGCGCCUUGCCUGGUCGUACAACCCCGCGUUGGCCAUAUUCUUACCCCAGCGCAUACGGAACGCGGAAACGAUCGAGGACGAGGUGACGCGUCUCGUCUGCUCGGACCCGAUGGCGGCCGCACACAUUCCGGAGGCGUUGAAGUACCUCGUGACGACGCGCACCGUACUGAACGAGUCGCCCGAGCUGGUCUACAUGCUAACGUGGGCCCACGUCAAUCCGAUACAGGCCCUAUCGUACUUUUCGCGCCAAUAUCCGUCCCAUCCGUUGACGGCCCAGUACGCCGUGAAGACGCUCAGCUCCUACCCGGCCGAAGCGGUCCUACCGUACAUUCCGCAGCUGGUGCAGGCACUCAGACACGACACGAUGGGCUACGUAACGGAGCUGAUCAAGCACAUAUCGAAACGGUCCCAGAUUGUCGCCCACCAGCUAAUAUGGAACAUGCAAACGAAUAUGUACAUUGACGAGGAAAUGCACCAUCGCGACAUGCUUUACGAUGCCCUGGACGGAUUGGCGCAAAACAUCAUUUCGUCCCUGUCCGGACCAGCGAAACGGUUCUACGAACGGGAGUUCGAUUUCUUCGGUAAAAUAACGGCCGUGAGCGGGGAGAUCCGUUCCUUCCCGAAGGGACAGGCUCGCAAGAAGGCCUGUCUUGAGGCACUUAGCCGUAUAAAGGUGCAGUCCGGAUGCUAUCUCCCCUCGAACCCGGAAGCGAUGGUACUGGACAUCGAUUACAACAGUGGCACCCCGAUGCAGAGUGCAGCGAAAGCGCCGUAUUUGGCCCGGUUCCGUGUCCAGCGCUGUGGCAUCAUGGAGCUCGAAACGAUGGCAAUGGAGGUGUCGAACAGUAAUGGCGGAAUGGACCCACAACCAAUCAUCGACGGUCCGAGGCUCAAUUCGCUCGGACCCGAAGCGUGGCAGGCGGCGAUCUUCAAGGUGGGCGACGACGUGCGGCAGGACAUGUUGGCCCUGCAGGUCAUCUCGAUCUUCAAGAACGUGUUCCAGCAGGUCGGGCUCGAGCUGUACCUUUUCCCGUACCGUGUCGUUGCCACAGCGCCCGGUUGUGGUGUCAUCGAGUGCGUGCCGAACGCCAAAUCACGCGACCAGCUCGGCCGGCAGACCGACUUUGGGUUGUAUGAGUACUUCCUGCACCAGUAUGGCGAUGAAACGUCGAAAGAGUUCCAGUCGGCCCGCAGCAACUUCGUCAAAUCGAUGGCGGCCUACUCGGUGAUCGGUUACCUGUUGCAAAUCAAAGAUCGGCACAACGGUAACAUCAUGAUUGACAAGGAUGGCCACAUCAUUCACAUCGAUUUUGGCUUCAUGUUUGAAUCAUCACCCGGUGGAAACAUUGGCUUCGAGCCGGACCUGAAGCUAACGGACGAGAUGGUGAUGGUGAUGGGUGGCAAGAUGGAAGCGGCACCGUUCAAGUGGUUCUGCGAUUUGUGCGUCCAGUCGUUCCUGGCCAUCCGCCCGUACCAGGACGCGAUCGUGACGCUCGUGUCGCUCAUGCUCGACACUGGACUGCCGUGCUUCCGGGGCCAAACGAUCACGCUGCUUAAGCAGCGCUUUGUGCCAACCAAGAACAGCAAGGAGGCGGCCGUACACAUGCUGGGAGUGAUACGUAAUUCGUACCAAAACUUCCGGACCCGCACGUACGACAUGAUCCAGUUCUACCAGAAUCAGAUUCCGUAUUAAGCGUGCAAUUAGGUGUAACGGGUUUGGGGGUGCUUGUGGGGAAUGUAAGCGUCAAACGUUACCAAAGGUAGAGGUGAAAACGACACAGAACGACGGGGUCCAACGACUAUUGUGCGUGUGUUCUAUUAUCGUCCGUGUGUGCGUUCAUUUGAAUUAAUUGUUGUUACUCUGUUUGUUGACAAGGCAAGGAAAUAAUCAACACCGUAACGGUAAUAAAGGCAACUAUUUAUUGCGACAUAUCGAAACACA